AUGGAUGGUUGCGUUGGGAAUGGCAAGAAAAGCUGGAUGGAAACGGGAUAUAACCUAAUUCGGAGAAAAUCCCUGAACAUCACAUCCCCUUCGCAUCAAUACGGGGUACACAUUCCCGUAGAUACGAAAGUGGCAGAAAGUGGGUUGGGGAGAGUUCCGCCAGCCAUGCGCCUAAAAGGCAGGUGGAUCGGUAUCAAUACCACGUCAUUACGAAGCCCUGGCCUGGCUGUCAAACGACGACCAUCAUCCAAAGCUGCAAAAGUCGAUGUCUGGAUAGAGCCAAAGAGGUCCUCUUGUGCCCACAAAUUGCCACUUGGUCCGCUAUUCUGCUUCCUCGGUUUGCCGCUACUGCCUAACCCCAAAAUCCACUUCAGUGACGGUAAAUCCGGCCUGUACCGGCUCCCAAGUUUCCCAGUCCCAAGAACUCUGUACCAAAGAGACCCGGUGUCAACCUGA